AUGAGAAAUAAAAUCGUAUGGUUGAUUGGGGAGUCUCAGUUGACUCCUGCAAUCAACUCCUCAAAGUUGGGCCUUUUUCUCGAGCCCCGGUGCUUUAAACCAUCCCUUUUUGCUGGGUUGGUGUUAGAUUCAGCCCGUUGGGCCUGGAAACGCUGCCUACACACAGCGGGCCACGACAGCGAGACGUGGGCCCACGCCACUCCUGAGGAAUUCGAGCCCAUUCCCAGGCUUUGCCGCUACAUACUCGCCGUUUACGAAGACGACUUAAGAAAUCCUCAAUGGGAGCCUCCUCGUGGCUAUGGCAUCGACCCCGACUGCUUGAUCUUCAAAAAGAACUACGAGGAAACACACUGGCUAGCGCCACCUUAUCUGGUCUACCUAGACCACCCGCAUGCCGACAUAGUUCUUGCCAUAAGAGGCCUUAACCUGGCCAAGGAGAGCGAUUACGCGGUUUUGCUCGAUAAUAAGCUUGGGAAGAGGAAGUUUGACGGGGUAUAUGUUCAUAAUGGGCUUCUGAAGGCUGCGGGCUGUGUGUUGAAUGCCGAGUGUGAUGUUUUGAGGGAGUUGGUGGAGAAGUACCUGAGUUAUACUCUGACCUUCACAGGGCACUCGUUGGGGUCAGGUGUGGCGGCUUUGUUGACAAUAGUGGUGGUGCAAAAUCGGGAUAGGCUGGGGAAUAUUGAUCGGAGGAGGGUGAGGUGUUAUGCUAUUGCGCCAGCCAGGUGUAUGUCGCUUAACCUGGCGGAUGACUUUUUGCCCCGAACAGCUACCCCUUUGGAAGAUAUAUUCAAUUUACCUUGCAUAUUAUGCCUGAGAUGUGUGAGGGAUACAUUCAUAUCCGAAGACAAAUUUCUUAAAGAUCCAAGAAGAUUAUAUGCUCCUGGCGGCCGCCUUUAUCACAUAGUCGAGAGAAAACCUUUCAGAUGUGGAAGAUUUCCUCUUGUUGUGAAGACAGCUGUGCCCGUAGAUGGGAGGUUCGAGCAUAUAGUUCUCUCUUGUAAUAAAGAUGACACGUUGGAAAUCCCGGCAAAACAAAGGAUGGAACGCCAAGAAUCUUUAGCCAAAGAGCACGUUGAGGAGUACAGAGCAGCCCUACGCAGGGCGGUGACUUUAGCAGUGCCCCAUGCAUUUUCUCCCUCCAAAUAUGGCACGUUUGACGAGACAGAUGUCGAGGACUCACAGCACUCGGGUGGGGACUGCUCCAUUGGAUCAUCGGCCCAUAGUAGGAGACGGGAAAACUGGGACGAAAUAAUCGAGCGCCUUUUCGAGAGGGACGAGUCGGGAAAGGCGCCCAAUUUGGCCAAUUCACAAAUUUUGAAAAGCCAAAACGACACCCAACGGCUACUAUCCUUCCAUUAUCUAACACUCACUCUCCUUACGCUCCCCCACACACAGACACACACUACACCCAAAAGCGACGCCGGCCAAAUUUCCUGCUCGAUGGCCCCGUCGACGUCUGAGACCACUGCCGUAAAAUCAAGCCGGAGUUCAAACCCCUCAAGAAAAGUGCGAAUAAUCGGGAAAAUUAGGGGUUUUACGGACGGCGAAUCUGAAACCCACGCCUCAGAUUCAAACCCAUGGAUCACCGUCAAGAAAUCGAAGGAGGACGUCCCUGCUGGAAAAUCGACGGUGUUUCUCGAGAGUCAGUCCGCCAGUAGGAAGGAUGGGUACGAGCUGGACCAUUGCUAUGAAAAACAUGAUGACAUCGGCCAUAUAUACUCAAGAGAGAUACAACCCAUGAUUUCAGACGUUUUUAAUGGCCAAAAUGCAUCAGUUAUUGCUGUAGGGGCAAAAGGGAGUGGCAAAACUCACAGCAUCCAGGGGACUCAAGGAAAACCUGGUUUGGCCAUGAUGGCAAUGGCCGAAAUCCUUUCGAAGGCAGAGGAGCUGGGAAAGUCGGUUUCUGUAUCCCUAUACGAGAUGACUCAAGAACACGCUAAAGAUCUUUUAAAUCCCGAGCAUCCUACUAUCCAAGUCCCGGUCAAAUCUAUGUCAGAAUUUCAAAAUAUAUACCUCAGCCAGGGAAAUUUGCUGAAUGCUCAAAAGUUACCAACCGAUCAUCCACGCAACAAGGGCUUGAUGGUGCAUAUAUUAUCUGAAGAUGACAAACUGACAGCUAAGCUCGCCAACAAGAUUAAUUUUGUUGAUUUAGCAGGGUAUGAGGAUCCUCGAAAAAGUAGCAGAGAAGGGGUCACACCCACUGAGAACAAUAGGAAAAACAAAUCGUUGUUUGCUUUACUUAGUGUUGUUAAUGCAAUUAACUCAAGCGAAAGUCGAGUGCCGUAUCGAGAAAGCAAACUUACUCGAAUAUUGCAAGACUCCCUUGGUGGCACAAGUCGUGUUUUACUGCUUGUUUGCUUGAAACCUUGCUUUUGCCAAGACUCUCUUAGUUUCAUAACUUUAGUCUCUCGGACACGUAGAACCAUUAAGCAAGUAUUGACUGAUUCUACCAAUAGAAGCCAAAGUUCAGUCAAAGUGAAGGUGCUUUCUUCAUUAGAAAGUGGAAAAGCAAUGUCUACUUCAUGUAGUGUGAAAAGGCAGGUUGGCAAUAGUCGGUUUCUUUCUGCAAAGAAGGCUAGCGGCUCUGUUAAGCGAAGGAAACUCUUUGAUGAAGUCAAGAAGGUCAGUCAUUACAAGAACCAGUUGAAAUGCCAGUCUGAAGAGAUUUCAACUCAAAAGUCCAAGAUGCAUCCAGACCUUGCUUUGGCUGUUACCCCAUUUUCAUUAGAAGAGGCCCCACAAAAUACGUCUAAUUCAGAAUGUUGUCAGACUGUGGAGCCUAAUGAAAAUGUAAAUACUGUAGAACCCGAAUAUCAGUCUAAGUCCAAGUUGCAAGACACAUUGCUGCCAAAUGGUCCAAAUGAUAUGCUCAAAACGAACUCUUCUCCUCAAGGUGGAGCUACUCAAGCUGGUACUAAUCUAAAUUCAGGAACAAAGACACUGGAAGCAGAUAUCACAUGUGAGGGUGGCAACUCAUCACACAAGAAAGAUGACGGGUCCCCACCACUCAGCAAAAGAAUUAAGGAAAUAUCUAACAACCUAAAAUCUUUAUGUGCAUCAUCAACACCAUUGAUGGUCAAUACACAAGAGAAUGUGAUUGCACCACACAACAAUCAAAUCGUUCACUUUGAGAUUAAUGAGCCAAAAACUCCUGUUAUGGGACAUGGCAUUGCGAGAUUUUGCAGCCCCCAAGGCACUUUUAGUAACCGCAGUUCGGGCAUGAAGCAUUCUUUUGUGCAGGAGUAUCUCAACUUUCUGAACUCAGCCAAUAAGGAACAAUUGAAAAGCCUGAAGGGUAUUGGAGAUAAAAGAGCUACAUAUAUUCUUGAUCUUCGUGAGGAAUCUCCUGAACCAUUCAAGAGUCUUGAUGACUUGGAAUAUAUUGGCCUUUCAGCGAAACAGGUUUGUUUCAAAAAGGUGGCUGGAGAUCUUUUCAGUUAGAAUGCCCAAGAUAUAGUAUAUCAAUAUGGCAAUAUGAAGUUGCUUUGAUGUAUUUAUUUUCCCGGUUGUGUUUGUCCCCUGAAUGGUUGUGACUUGUGACUUUGUGAGUUGAAAAGAAUAAAUUGAAUUUGUGUGUGAAUAUUGUAACCAAAAUGUUUUGUUGGAUUAUUAUCUACUUUUCCCUAUAAAUAUGUUUUGAGAAAAUGUUUGACAAAAAGAUUGUUGUGACUUGGAGUGUGAGUGUGACUGCACAAAGCUUUUACGGUUGAACAGUUGAACUCAGGAACCUAACCCAUCAAUUGAUUGGUCGGAAAAAGUGUGUACUUUAU